UGGAAGCUUUCCUGCACCGCAUCAACAAUUAUACCAAACCUCACACCCAAUCUCCGGUAGCCGCCACCUCUGUAAACCAAUAUCCGCCGCUCGAUCACCAUCAUUUCCGUCGUUUUUAAUACAAAUCAUUGUUAUACUUGCAUCAUCUUUUCUCCAUCUAUGGGUGUUGCCCGGGAAAGCUAAGUUGCAGAGAGGAGUCAGUAAUGGCGGGUGUUGUAAGUAAUAAUGGUUGGAUUUGGUAUGUUGUAUUAGCGUUUCUGUGUUUUUUCUGCGAUCUUGGAGCGAGCACUGACAGUCUCAGAGGCGGCGAAUCGGUAACUCCGAACCGGACAUUAGUCUCCGCCGGCGGGAACUUCGCGUUGGGAUUCUUCCGCCCCGGGAACUCUUCUUCUUCGUUUCUCGGGAUAUGGUAUAACACCGACAACACCAGUGUGAUUUGGGUCGCCAACAGAGAAUCCCCACUGCCCCAAGAUUCCGAACCCCUUCUCAAGCUCGGGGAUGACGGGAAUUUGGUGCUUUUUGACGGCGAAGGAAAUAUAAUAUGGUCAACGAAUAUCUCUAUCUCCGGCGGCGGAUUCGCCGGAAACUCGUCGCUCGCACUAUUGCUAGAUUCGGGAGAUCUUAUUGUGAAGCAGGGUGAGAGCACUGUUUGGGAGAGCUUUGAUGGCGAUAGCGAUGCAUUAAUGCCGGGGAUGAAGCUAAAGGUAAACAAGAAAACUGGGAAACGAAACUUAAUCAGAUCUUGGAUAGGCAGUGAUGAUCCCCGGCCAGGGAAAUUCUCGUGGGGAAUGGAUCCUAAAGGAUCUCCCCAGUUUUUGAUUUGGAAAGAAGAUAAACCUUAUUAUAGGAGCAAUUUGUAUCAGGAUGGGUUUACUUACAGUAGAUACUUUCCCACUCUGGGAUAUUCUGCAUAUUAUUCUUUUGCCACAGAAAAUAAUGAUGAAUAUUUCAGCUAUGGAUAUGCUGAUACCUCAAUUCAAAUAAGGUUCAUCUUGAUCCCAGAUGGUCAUAUUAAGGCACUGUUGAGGCAAAAAAAGAGUGAUAAAUGGUUGAUAAGGUGGCAGGUGCCCGCCACCGAUUGUGAAUUCUAUGCGCGCUGUGGCGCAUUUGGGACCUGUGAGCAGAACAAUUCAGAUUCGGUUUGCUGUUGUUUGACAGGGUUUAAACCGAAAUCUCAGAAAGAUUGGGAUAAGGGGGAGUAUGGUGGAGGGUGUGUGAGGAGAAAAGCUCUGCAAUGCGAUGAGAACGAUAGGUUCAUGAGGCUUCCCAGGAUGAAAUGGCCUGACCAUUCAACUUCGUUGGGGAAUAUGACAUUCGAGGAAUGUGAAAUCGCGUGUUCUAGGAACUGCUCUUGCAGUGCUUUUGCUUAUGCGAAUAUCAGUACUGACUCCACUGUCAAUUGUUUAAACUGGUUUGGCGAUUUGGUCGAUUUGACACAUAACUAUUCAGCUGGUCUUAACGGUUUUGGCCAAGAUCUCUAUGUUCGUGUUCAUGCUUCUGAGCUAGAUGGAAGUGGUGGGAAUGAACAUUCACCUCACAAAAACAAAGGUCUCGUUGCAAUAAUAAUAGUUGCUUCGGUCUCUGCAUUCGUUCUUGUUGCAGUUUCAGCAUAUAUCCUCAACCGGAAAUACUUUAGAAGGAAAGAUUGGGUAUGUAUGAAGUCGUCUACACAUGUUAACUCGAUGUCAACUACGCCCCUUGCUGGAAAAGAUGAUAAUAUAGAGUUGCUGCAAUUCAGCUUGUUUAGAAUAAUCGAUGCUACAAACAACUUUGACGAAGAAAACAAACUUGGAGAGGGUGGUUUUGGCCCCGUGUAUAAGGGGUUUUUAUCGGAGUUUGGGAUGGUAGCCAUCAAAAGGCUUUCUAAGCGAUCGUCUCAAGGUCUGGAGGAGUUCAUGAAUGAGUUGAAGCUAAUUGCGAAACUACAGCAUACGAAUCUCGUGAGCCUAUUGGGUUGCUGCAUUGACGAUGAAGAGAAAAUACUAAUCUACGAAUACCUGCCGAAGAGAAGCCUAGACACCGUCUUAUUUGAUGAAUUCAAGAAAGAUAGUUUGGAUUGGAGCACACGGUUUCGGAUAAUAGAGGGAGUUGCCCAAGGAAUUCUUUAUCUUCACAAGUACUCUAGACUGAAAGUCAUUCAUCGGGACUUAAAAGCAAGCAACAUUUUACUCGAUGAAGGAAUGAAGCCCAAAAUAUCAGACUUUGGAAUGGCAAGAAUUUUCGGGAUUGACCAAACUCAGGCGGAAACAAACCAUGUGGUUGGAACAUAUGGCUACAUUCCACCAGAAUAUGUGAUGCAAGGCCAAUUUUCCGAGAAGUCUGAUGUGUUCAGUUUUGGAGUGCUAUUGUUAGAAAUCGUUAGUGGCCAGAAGAACUCUAAUUUUUUUCAGACUAAACUUUCGUCCUCCCUUCUAGGAUGGGCAUGGGAAAACUGGAAAGAGGGACGAGCACUUGAAUUUGUCGAUCCAGCAAUAAGUGAAUCAUGCGACUCUCUCAAAGUUAUAAGGUGCAUCGAGGUGGGACUUUUAUGCGUCCAAGCAAUCCCGACAGAUAGACCGACUAUGACCGAGGUAGUUCUCAUGUUGAGCAAUGACCCCGCGGCGCCAAUUCCAGCACUUAAAGAGCCCGCAUUUGUUUCUAGCAACUCCAAUGCCAUCGUUUCUACUUCUUAUCGAGAGUCGAGUGAUUCUUACUCCAGAAACAACGUUACAAUCAGUGUUCUCGAGCCUCGAUAAAGGAUUGGUCGUUCUGUGUAAACGGUUCGUGCCCUCGAUGAUAGCUCUUGUACUGGUUUGUGACAGGAGUUCAUCAACAUAGAAAGGCUGCUUGCAAUGUGACUUGAAUUUCUGUAUUGCUGUACAUGAUAUUCUUUUGUGUGAUCAACUAGAUUCAUCCCCUGUGAAGUUUAUCAGUCUUGGCUUGUUAGCAUUUC